AUGUCACUCAUAUCAAACACUGACACAAAACUGAAAGUUGCUACCUCCAACACUGGCAACGGGUUUUCCACCACUUGGCUUGGAAAGGCUAUCUUCGACUAUCCUUAUAUUUCCAGUCCUUCGGAUUCUACCAAAGUCACAAAUACCAUUCUCUCGGGUGAGAGUGUAAAAGAGACGGAAGGUGUUAUUCAACCGAGUGAAGUUGAAGAGAUUAUCUAUAGAGUUAAUUCUUCGAAUCAAGAUCAAGAGAAUAUAGGUGGGGUUAUUCUACCGAGUGAAAGUGUGGUGGAGACGAAAGAGCCAACUGUAAAGAAAGAUGAUUCGGAGACGAAACUCGACUUUGAGGAAGAAGAGACGGAUAGAGAAGAAUCUGAUUCAGGAGGUGUAGAAGUACCUAUGGAAUAUCGAACACAAAGGUCUGAGAUCACGCAGAAGGAGGAAAGUAUUACUAGCGAUGAGAUAUGA